AAAAAACAGAGACCCUCGUGUGGAUUUACCUCGUGUAUCUGCAGAGACGUUAUAACUCGGACUGUGAGUGUUUCAGGAUUUACAGUGCAACUUCCUCAUUCAGCGCCUUGUGUUCGAUGAGACUGAGGCACACACUCCUGAAACAAGAACGAAAACUGACGGCUGAAACACGACACACACACACACAGAUAAAGACAGUCCGGUGUUCAGCUUCUCUCCCCGAUGAAGUGACCGAGCUGUGGGAGUUUGGAGUGAGAUAUCUGGAGCAUCAGGACUGAAGGUCGGGGAGAAAAACUGCAAACAUGCUGCGGCAGUCUCUGAACAUCCUGAUGCAGUUUGGCUCGGCUGCAAAGUCACAUGAUGCCACUGAACUCCUGCACGAGGACCUGGUUAUGGUGGAGCAGCGUGUGGAGCCGGCUAAGAAGGCGGCUCAGGUUCUGCACAAGAAGCUGCAGGGCUGCAUGCACAGCCACACUGGGCUGGACGCUGAGAAACGGAUGAAGAAGCUUCCUCUGAUGAUGCUCUCUAUCAGCAUGGCGGAGAGCCUCAAGGACUUUGAUGCAGAGUCCUCCAUCAGGAAGGUGCUGGAGAUGUGCUGCUUCAUGGAGAAGAUGCUGGCCAGCAUGCUCGCAGACUUUGAGAUGAAGGUGGAGAAAGAUGUUCUGGAGCCGCUGAACAAGCUCAGCGAGGAUGAUUUACCAGAGAUUCUCAAGAACAAGAAGCAGUUUGCAAAGCUCACUACAGACUGGAACUGCGCCAGAACCAAGAGCCAGGCCAGCACGGGUCCUCAGGCAAAGCAGGACGGGCUGAGGGAGGAAGUGGAAGAAGCCUGGAGGAGGUUAGAGAGCAUCAAGGAUCAGUACUCUGCAGAUCUGUAUCACUUUGCAACCAAAGAAGACGACUACGCUAACUACUUCAUCCGCCUUCUGGAGCUGCAGGCCGAGUAUCACAAACACUCCCACGAGUUCCUGGACAAAAACAUCAGCGAGCUCAAAGAGAACCACAGUCAAAAAGGGUCACAGCUGAGCCUCUCCAAUCAGAAGGUGUACGGCGAGCCUCUUCUCUCUCAUCUGUCUGAGAGCAACAGAGAAAUCGCUGUUCCCAUCGAGGAGUGUAUCCACAUGUUGCUGAGAACAGGCAUGACUGAGGAGGGUCUGUUUCGUCUGGCGGCGGCUGCCUCGGUGGUGAAGAGGCUGAAGAUGUGUUUGGACCAGGAAGCGGUCGACCACAGCGAGUUCAGCAUGGACCCUCACGCUGUGGCCGGAGCUCUGAAGGGUUACCUGCGAGAACUUCCCGAGCCUCUAAUGACCUCUGAACUCUACAACGACUGGUUUAAAGCGGCAGGGGAAAAAGACCUGCCAGAGAAACUGGAGCAGUUCAGAGUACUACUUAAACAACUGCCUCCUGAAAACUACAACAACCUCAGGUACCUGGUCCAGUUCUUGUCUCUGUUGUCCGAGCAGCAGGCCGUAAACAAAAUGUCUCCGAGUAACAUCGCCAUCGUCCUGGGGCCCAACCUGCUGUGGCCCAGAUCUGAAGGGGAAGCGGCUCUGUUUGACAUGGCCUCAGCUUCUUCGGUCCAAGUGGUGACGGUCAUCGAGCCUCUCAUCCAGUACAGCUCCAGCCUCUUCCCCGAAGCUCUAUCUUUUGAGAUCCCCGUCCUUCCCGAGGUGCCGGAUGUGUCCCAGGAAGUUCCAGAUUCCCAGUCUCCGAUCCCAGAAAAGGAGAAACUGAGCAGAACCGUCUCCUCCUCCUCAUCCACAGCCUCCUCCUGCUCCUCCUAUCACACGGCUCUCUCAAAGUCAAACAGCACAGCCUCUCAGGACAGUGGAGGCUUCUGCCUGGUGAAGUCUGGCUCUGUAAGUCGCAGCGGCACCUCCACGUGGGCGAGCCCUGUCAACGAAACACCGAACCAUCAAAACACAUCAUCCAGCAGCUCUUCCCCCCUCGAUCCCAGUCCCUCUUGCAGCUCCACGGCUCCUCCUAAAGCAACGGGAUCAGCUCCAAACCCGGGUCAGAGCCGCAGUCUCUCCCAGAAGCAGAGCGCCGAUCAGAACCAGCUGGAGCCGAUUCUGGAGGCUCCUCCAAACUCUCCAAGAGCUCUGGUCAAGAUCACCUUGCCAUACAAACCAAAGAGAUCUUUCAACGUGGUCAAAGCUAACGUGGGGAACGAGCCGUGUUCAGCCCAGUUCUCUAAACCCAAACCCCCGGCCCCCCCGAAGCUCCAGCCCCCCCCCCUCCGCACCUCUCCCCCGGACACAAAGACCCCACCCACGGCCCCGCCCUCACCGGCACCCCGAGGUGUGGAGGGCAACCUCAGAAAGCCUGCCCCCCCCAAAAAGCCUGGACUCAAAGCUCCAAAGUGCCCUCCUCCACUUCCUCCACCUUCACAGGCCAAAGAGGUUCCUUCUUGAGUUCAGUGAGAACAUGUUCACAUAUGCAGUAAGAACAUGUUCCCAUAUGCACUGGGAAAAACUGAAACGUUGACUUGAAUUAAAUGUAUUAUGUCAACAACUUUCACAUAAUGAGGUUAGUUGAAGGCAAUACUAUUAAGUUGCAUUUUCUAUUUAAACUUGAUAGCAUUGCUUUCUACUAAUCUAAUACAGAUAUGUGACAUUUGUUGACAUAAUACAUUUAAUUAAAGUCAAUGUUUUUCGUUUUUUUCCUUAUUCAGAUUGAUUUUCUUGUUGUAGUUUUUUAAAAAGGAUCUGAAAAUCUCUUAGUUACUAAAUAUUUUCAAUAUUUUCAAUCUUUGCCGUUCAAUAUAUUCAAGUUUUGCAGCUUAAAUCCCUUUUUCUGGCCUGUAAACCUCUCUGGAACCAGCUUUAUUUAUUUAUUCUUAAGCUACAGGUGUCCUAUCUUUCCCAGAAUGCACAGAAGUUCAAGCUUAAAGUAAUAGCUAUGUUGUUAAUAUGACAUCCAGCCGUCCAAAACCAAUGUUCGGUUGCUGUUUGUUGUGUUUUUAGGGAGUAUUUUUCUAUACAUUUACAAAAUAAAAGUAUCAUAUGAGUUUAAGUAUGGUAAAAACAUGUAUGAACCUUGAUGGAUUGAGGUUUAAUGUAAAUAACAAUGUUUUUACAACCACCUUUCCAGCCGUCAUUAAACACUGUAAAUAAAUGCAUAUCCAACCUAAUUAAAAACAUCUUUAUUGUCAUUAAUAUCAUCAUAAUAUAUCAUUGGUAUUGUCUGCAGCAUAUGGAUGUGAAUUGCACUAGGUACUGCUGCAGGUGCUCUUACUGUAGGUAAGGUAGGUAAUAUCUUUAUGUACAGUUGUAUAAAAGGACAUUUAAAUGACAAUACAGGAGUCAGACUUCAUGAUCAUUACAGGUGCAUGGGGUCUCUAUAUGAGCAUGUAAUUGGUCAUAAGCUUCAGUUGCAUCUAGUACAAGAAAUACUUUACAUAUUCCCUCAGUCCAUGUCGAUUUCUAAUCUGCUGAGGCCUGAGAAUCCACAUUUCCUUUCCCUUUGUGUGUCCUGGUAGUGUUUUCCUGAGUGAAAGGAGUCGACAGGAGAUUGAAAUGAGGCCCUAAGGUUGUAAAAAGAUUAAAUCCAUUUGUUUAAUCCUCACUUCCUCUCUCAUUAGUGACCAUGGAGAGGCUUUCCACCUUGUAGUGAUGCAGAGAAUCAAAUAAACCAGGGAAAUAUUUCAAAAGUGGAUACAAGUACUACAAUUGGCACGUAAGAUAUCGUCAAUUUUCAAGAUGGCCACCAAUAUUGGCUUGAUAAU